CUCCCUCAAAAAAUGGCACCAAAAACUAACAAAAAAGAAACAGAACUUGCCAAAAUCUGGCAGCACUACAAUAGUAACAAAUACCCAAAAAUCCCUUCAUUUGUUUUGCAACACUCUAGCUUUAGCCUACUAAAAAUUUCAACCCUCUCACUGUAAAUGCUGCUUAUAUUUCUGUAUUUGUUUCCAAGAAUCUUACAACUCUACUAGUUUGGCAGGUGCUUAAAGAAAAAAUUGGACUUUGAGGUUGUCAUAUUUAUACCAUUGUUUUUAGAAUCUUGCUACAAUUUCUGCAAUUUUAAGGUGUGGAAAGAAAAUUUUGGACUUUGGGUUGUCAUAUUUUUGGGGAAUUAUCAAGUUAAGUUGAUUUUUGAUUCUUGGAACUUUUUGGGUAUGGCUAGUUGUACAUCAGCUGUCUUUAUGCCUCUCGAUAAUCGGUUGCGUAAUGGGGUAUUAACUGUUCUUGGAAGAAGAAUUUGCCCUAUGAAAAUGCAAGAUGACAAAUGUGGAUUUUUGGGUGCUAACCAAAAGGGUAUUAUUUCAAGUUAUCCACAGUUCAAGUGUUCAGCAGCUAAUUCACAUAGGUUCAAUAAUUACCAAAGUAAAGACUCAUUAAUUUCAAUGCUUCAAGGUGAAGGAAACAAUACUUUCACUACCCCUAGACAAGAAAGCUCCAGUGGAAGUGUUACUGAGAGCUUAAUGGACAAAUCAAGCUUGAAGAAUUUCAAUGAGGCUAAAAUUAAGGUGGUUGGUGUUGGAGGCGGUGGAUCAAAUGCAGUUAAUCGUAUGAUUGAGAGCGCUAUGAAUGGUGUGGAGUUUUGGAUUGUGAAUACCGAUAUACAGGCAAUUAGGAUGUCACCUGUGUUUCCUGAGAAUCGAUUGCCAAUAGGGCAAGAGCUCACGAGAGGACUAGGUGCAGGUGGUAAUCCAGAUAUAGGGAUGAACGCCGCCAAAGAAAGCAAGGAGGCUAUUGAAGAUGCAGUUCGCGGUGCAGACAUGGUUUUUGUGACUGCUGGAAUGGGUGGAGGAACAGGGACUGGUGGGGCUCCUAUUAUUGCAGGAAUUGCCAAGUCAAUGGGUAUCUUAACUGUUGGUAUUGUCACAACUCCCUUUUCUUUUGAGGGACGAAGAAGAGCAGUUCAAGCCCAAGAAGGAAUUGCAGCUUUGAGAGAAAAUGUUGAUACACUAAUCGUCAUUCCUAAUGACAAGUUACUGACUGCUGUUUCCUUAUCAACCCCAGUAACUGAAGCUUUUAACCUGGCUGAUGAUAUUCUUCGGCAAGGGGUUCGUGGUAUUUCUGAUAUAAUUACGAUUCCUGGACUGGUAAAUGUGGAUUUUGCUGAUGUGCGUGCUAUUAUGGCAAAUGCUGGUUCCUCGUUGAUGGGAAUAGGAACUGCUACAGGGAAGACCAGAGCCAGAGAUGCUGCUUUGAAUGCCGUUCAAUCUCCUUUGCUGGACAUCGGCAUAGAGAGAGCUACUGGAAUUGUGUGGAAUAUAACUGGUGGUAGCGAUUUAACAUUAUUUGAGGUAAAUGCUGCAGCAGAGGUUAUAUAUGACCUUGUCGAUCCAAGUGCCAACCUCAUUUUUGGAGCUGUGGUAGACCCAUCAUUAAGUGGACAGGUCAGUAUAACCCUAAUUGCCACCGGUUUUAAGCGGCAAGAAGAAAGUGAUGGAAGGCCCCUCCAGGGAAACCAACUAGCACAAGGAGAUGCCAACCUUGGAAUUAACCGACGACCUUCAUCCUUCGUGGAAGGUGGUUCAGUAGAGAUCCCUGAGUUCCUUCGGAGGAAAGGGGGCUCUCGCUAUCCUAGAGCUUAAGAUCGGGUAUGCUUCAAAUAGUGACGGUCUCAGGGAACGUGUUAUCCGAUACCCAUUUUUAAUACAUUAAUACUUGUUCAGUUUUUCACUAGUCAUGCCCGUAUAUAUCACUUCUUUGGCAGUCAUUGGUAUAAGCUGGAGCUUUUUACAGCAAGAUAUGGAGCACGAUCAGUCGAUAACCUUGUCAUACAUGAGUAUACUGUUUAACAUAUUUGAUGUGUGUGUAUGUGUGCACGCGUGUUUUAGGAUCAGUUAUUCAUCCAUAGGGUAUGUGGAAUGCGUCCUAUCUCUAUUUUUGCCACUUAUGGUAUGUGGAAAUAUACUAUAUUUGGUCUGGGGUUGGAGGACUGUUUUCUUCAUGUCAACCCAAACGGAGUCCCUGAUUUAAGCCAUUUUCUGUUUUAGUUAAAAGAUGAUUAUCCACUGUUAGGGAGAACUACAAAGUUGAGAUAUAGAAACCAAUAUAUUUGUGAAGAGAUGAGUUGUACAAGGAAUGCUGUUUCUAGUGCAAGAUAUUAAAGGAUGAUUUUUGCACAAAAGGGAUGCUUUUGCGCUUCUAUUUA